GGGGGGGGGAGAGAAGGCGUAGAUUCAGGGUUCUGAAUGGAUUCCCUAGCUAGUCACCAUGCGGAAAGUCGUCGGGCGAUAGUCGACCAGAGAAAGAAGGUUAUAGGAAAGCAGAGAAUCAAGUAGAGCCCGGUUGGGGAGGAAUGUGUUGAUAGACGCGACAGUUGGGAUGUGGAGAGAAGAGGCGCGCAAGGUGAAUUGGUUGGAGGGUUGGAGGGUUGGAGAGAAUUGGGUAGGGUCGGACAACGGACAACGACAAACGGAGAGCGAGCCAGGGCGGAGAGGGGUGGAAAGGACCCGGGCCGCACCAGUCGUCAACUGGGAGGGGAAGGAAGCGCGCACCGGCGGUCGGGAUAAGUUAUAGGCGAUUGCGAGGGGGAGGACAACGAGGGAGACCCAGACAGGAAAUGAAAGCGCGGAUCAGCAAGCGGGAAGUACGAAAGUACGUAAGUACGUAAGUAUGUCAAGAGAGGAGAAGUAUUAAGAUGCCCGUGGCCAGGGAGGAGCUGGAGGAGGAG